AACAACGUCUUGGAAAUCAAAUGCUGGAUGUGCUGUGCGACAGAUCAGCAGUUCUCCAUGCCCAUCCAGUGCACAGACCGCGCGGCAGAACCCGAAGCACCCUUCUUCCUGGCGUCGAGGUCGACGCCGCACAUCCCGCUGGUGCCCACCUUGCUGGCGUCGCGCGGCGCCAGCCCCGACGACAGGGACUUUAUAGACUCGCUCUCCAAGUUCAGCGUGAAAUUCCCGCCUCCCGUGGACAGCGAAUACGACUUCCUGAACAGCGCUCCGGAGAGGCACGUUGCUCUGACCGUGCCCGUGAAGCGGCCCCUCAGCGGCAUCCCCGCGGCGACCAGCAACGAGGAGCGGGAGGGGGAGCAGGAGGGGGAGGAGGAGGAGGAGGAGCCCUCGGAACUGUCCGUGCCUUUUGUCAUCCCGACGUUCGCCUCCCACACGACGUCCUCCUCGCUCUCCCAGGAGGACGUUCGGGGCCCCCAGCAGUCCCUGUGGAGCCCCGAGCUGUGCGAGGACGCCGACGUGGCGGCAGAGAUGGCGACGGCUCAGCGCAGCGUCCCGGAUAAAUGUGCCUUCUGCCACGCCGUGGUUCCUCAGGAGCAAAUGAACAGCCACCUCUACUCACAUUUCUCGCCUUCGGAUGAAACGCAUCGCUGACUUUGCUCGCAAACCAGCCCAGAGACUUCAUGUAAGCGUGGCCCGAGCGCCGCCCGCCGCAAUGUACGUUCACUGUACGGGACACCGCAAUGAGACUUGAAUCCAUCUUAUUUAAUAUUGAAGAAUUGAAUGGUACAGUCCCCCGCCCCCCAUAUAUUUGUUUUUUUUCUAAUAGGCCUCCAGCUGAGACUUAAUGAUGAUGCAUAAUGAGGAAAUAAAGCCUGCGAUGAAUCUUUUCUUGUAAGGUG